UUAAUUUAUAUUAAUGUUGUAUUAAUAUUAACUUUUAAAUGGGAUAAAAUUUAAACAUUUUGCAUGCAUGGUGAACUUUAGGAUACCAUAUAUAAUGUUAGAGAAUAUAAGACAAGUAGCAUAUCCUAUGGGUAUGAACUCGAAGGUGAAUAUGAUGAUAUACAAUACAAUGAAGAAAUGGAUGAGGUUAAAGUACAAGACUUAUCAAAAAUCAAUAAUAUCUUCAAUAAAGCAGGGUGUGGCAUAACAAAUGAUGAAGCUCAUCUUAUUGGAAUAACUAUAGACCAAAUGUCACAACUAGGAAAAUUUAAAAAUAUUAGAUAUUGGGGUAAAAUAAUAGGUUUAAAACGUAACUAUUACAUUUUGGAGUGUGAUUGGAAAAAUAAAGAAUUAGAAUAUAAACUAACGCUAUUAAAUGAAAUACUUAAUGGUAACAAAAAACAAGUAUCACAUGAUUAUGAUGAUGAAAAUGAAAACGAAAAUCAAGAAGAUGAAGAAUUAGAAAAAUAUAUUUUAGCUGAAGAAGAAAAUGGAUAUUUUUCCAGAACACCAUUAUCUGGUCUAGUUAGCAAAAGUAUUAACGACGAAUUAGAGGGUUUCGAUUCUUUGAAAUCGAUAGAGUGUUCUUUUCCACCCACAGAACUCGGUAGUGAUGAUUAUUUAUCCCAUGAAUAUUUGGGUUUCGGAGCUAAUAAAAAGGUUCAUAUAAUAUGUUUUCCCAACUACCCUUGA